AGGUUUUGUUAUUAUUUUUAUAUGUGUUUACAGGUGACAAGGUGACAAGAGGCGUUUCUUCAAACUGGCUCUCGGAUUUCAUUCAUUUCCCUCUCUGUUCGGUUUCUCUUUAAAGUGUCAAGAUGCCAAUCCUGUUAACAGCGGACUGGUGUCCCGUGGGGAGAGAUGAGUAUUAUCGGAAAUUUGAAGUCUACAACAUGGAAUGGACAAACUCUUUUAAUAUGGAAAAUGUCAUUGUCGCGUCUUGUUCUUAUGGUGGUCCUCUUGCGGUGCGUCGAGACCCCAAGAAAAUUGUCAAGGUACAGGGAAGUGGGAAGCCCACAAUAUACAUUUACACUGCAGCUGGAGAACUUGUUUCAUCAAUUGUGUUAUCACGACCAGUAAUCCAUGUAGGCUGGUCAAUAGCAGACGAUUUACUUUGCAUAGAAGAUGAUGGAUCAGUUCUGAGGUAUGAUCUGUUUGGAAAUCACCAACAUACAUUCUCCGUCUGUGAAGAGGCUAAAAUAACAAAAGUUAUUGAGGCCAAUGUGUUCAAUAGUAGUGUGGGUGGCACAGGUGUUGCUAUUUUGACGUCUUCGUACCGGUUCUUCUUAGUUAACAAUGUGAAGGAUCCGAAAACUCAUCCAAUGCCAGAAAUUCCAGGGCUUAAUGCUCCACCAAGCAGUUGGGCAGUGAUUGCAAAAGAUAAACAGGCAAAAAUUCUUGUUGCCAAAGAAAGGGAACUGUAUUUCCUAUCCUAUAAUGAAGAGCAUCCUGUUCAUGUAGUACUAAGCUUUGCUGACCGUUUGAGUUCUGUGGUGGAAAUGGCAGUAUCAGUAGACAACCGUCGAAUUGGACUAUUCACUGAUAAGGGAAGAUUGUGGAUUGGAUCAUCUGAUCUAUCAGGAAAGGGCUGUGAAAUUGAUACUUCACAUGCUUGCCGCCCAUUUCAGUUAGCAUGGUGUGGAAGUGAUGGAGUUGUUGGUGUGUGGGAUGGAACAUUAUUAUUGGUCACAGUAAAUGGUGAUAUUCUUACAUACCCUUGUGACUCCCGAGUUCAUGUGGUUCCAGAAAUAGACUGCGUCAGGGUUAUUUCCACUUUAACACAUGAAAUUUUACAGUCUGUGCCCUCAGUAGUUCAGAAAAUUCUGAGAAUAAACAGUGUGGACCCCGGAAAUUACCUCCUUGAAGCUUCAAGGCAAUUCCAGCGUCGAAGUCAUAGCGCAGAUGAGUACAUCCGACUUGUUAAAGAUCAACUACCUAUAGCUGUAGCAAAUUGUAUAGAGGCUGCAGGCUAUGAGUUCUCCCCAGAGAAUCAGAAGAUGUUCAUAAGGGCGGCUCAGUUUGGGAAAGGCUUUGUUCCUAAUUUAGAUCCAGAGCCAUAUGUUACAAUGUGUCGUGUACUUCGUGUGCUCAAUGCAGUUCGUAACUUCAAAGUCUGCCUUCCCAUCACUAAUGUGCAAUACAUCAAAAUGUCUGAGAGUGGGCUACUUGACAGGUUAAUAAGGAGGAGACAUUAUUACAUGGCAAUACAAAUAUGCAAGCAUCUCAAGCUACCUCCAGCUAAGGGCUUAAGCCGUAUCUUAGCUGAGUGGGCUUUCUACAAGGUUUCUCAAGCAAAGCAAGACAGAGAACAGGUUGCAAAAGAAAUUGCUGACAAACUUGGAAAGGCUCCAGGAAUUUCGUUUAAGGAUAUUGCACUACGAGCCAACAAUUUUGGCCACACUCAGCUGGCAAUUCGUUUAAUGGACUAUGAACCUCGAGCAAGAGAACAAGUUCCACUGCUUUUGAAUUUGGGACAGGAGGUCCCAGCAUUGUUGAAGGCUAUGGAAAGUGGGGAUACUGAUCUAGUUUACACAGUUUUGUUGAGAAUGCAUGCAAAGAUGCCCCUUGCUGAUUUCUAUUUGAAAAUGAGAAACUAUCCUCUCGCUCAUUCACUGUACAUUAAGUACAGUUAUGAAAACAACAACAAAGAGCUGCAUGAUAUCUAUUCUCAAGAGUCGGAUUUCAAUGCUCAAGCUGCUUUACAUUUGAAAGAGGCCUACCUGCCCAAAAAUUCUGGAACUAGAGAAACAUCAUUAGCAGCUGCAAGACAAAGCUACAAAAAUGCACGAAAUGAAUUUUUGGCUGUAGCAUGUGAUGAGCAGCUUAAAUUAUUGAAGUUUCAACGAGAUUUAGAGGCCAAAUUUAGAAGAGAAUUUUUUGGGCGCUCUUUGCAUGACACAGUAGAGAUACUUCUGUCUCUAAAGGAGUUGAAACUAGCUGAUUCUUUACGCGCUGAAUUCAAAGUUCCUGAUCGCAGGUACUGGUGGCUUCGCAUCCUAGCCCAUGCACAGAAUGAUGAGUGGGAGCAGCUUGAGAAGUUCUCUAAAGAUAAAAAGUCACCCAUUGGAUAUGAGCCCUUUGUUGAUGUCUGCUUGGAAAAGAACAAAAAACUAGAGGCUCAAAAAUAUAUGAGUAGAGUAAAGGAUGACCUGAAAGUCAAGUACUAUGCUAAGAUUGGUAUGUUGGAGAAAGCUGCUCAAACUGCAUUUGAACAAAAGGACGUGCAAGCUCUCAAUGUUGUUCAGGCGAGGUGUGGCGCUCAAGAUCGUCAUGUUGUGGAGCAGAUAAAUACUUAUUUAGCUCAGCUAAGAAGCAAGAAGUAAAAAUUUCUUUGUUUCCUUGUAAAUGAAAUGGGUAGCCUCUGUUGAUUUGCUAUCAGGGUUAAAUUUUCCCUGGAGUCUGCUAGUCUUAACCUGGGACAAGGUCUGAGUGGUCAUCAUCAUCAAAGUAAAAUAAGUGUUCAUAUAAUUUGUAAAAAAGAAUAUUGUGAUACUCUUGCAUUUUAUAAAUGUGUAUGCAGAGGCUGCCAGUUUAUAUUUCUGUAUAACCUCCUGUGAUAUUUUGUUGUCUGUUCAUGUUAUAUAAUAUAUUGAAAUCAAAAGAAAUUCA